CUUCUACAACUCCGCACUCCACAGUGUUAAAGCGAAGUCCAGGCCAUCCACCGAGUCUGAAAGCAAGGAGGAAGAGACUAGAGAGAGGUCGCUCGUUAUCAAAAUGGAUGGACAUGAUUCAGAAGAUUCUAAGCAAACCACCGCCGAUAUGUCUGCUUUUGUGCAAAAUCUUCUUCAGCAGAUGCAAUCUAGGUUCCAGGCAAUGUCUGAUUCCAUUAUUACAAAGAUCGAUGAGAUGGGCCAGCGAAUAGAUGAGCUGGAACAGAGCAUCAACGAGCUACGAAAUGAGAUGGGAACAGAGGGCUCUACUUCUCCCUUGGCCCCUUCCAAGCCAAAGCCAGAAGAGGCCAAAUCAUCAGAUGGUUCAGCAUGAUUCUAGGAUCGUAGUUGUUGUGAAUCCAAAUGUCGGAGCCCAGCCCCACUACUUUGUGCUCUACAGAUCUUAAAGAAUUAAAUUUGUCUACUUUCUUUUUUCUUUGUUGUUAACGGAUGCUGAAAAUUUAGAACUGCUAAUUAUUGUGUUUCAUGAGUUUGUGACAUAAAGCUUUUCUUUUUCAUUUUCAA